ACACUUCACAAUAGCAAAACAUCACCAUUAAUUUCCAUAGAGUAGUAACUCUCAUUUAUUAUAGAGAUAAAAAAAUCAUUGAACAAAUUAAGAAAAUUUACUUUAUGAUCAAUAUGGAUGAAGCAGAUUCAGUUUCAAUUUCAGCAUAUGAUGUGAUGACAAGUUGGUUUACACCCUCUUGUAUAUUCUUAGUUGUCAACCUUGUUAUUGGCACCAUAGCUAUUACCUCCCGUUUCGCCGCUCAACGAAAAGGGGACUCGCCACCGCAACUCGUCCGUUCCACGUCGUCGUUUCUUGGACGAGUCACGUCCUUCGGUCUCAGUUGUUGUAAAUACAAACCAGCAUGCUCAGCAACAACAACAAUUCCAUUAGAAACUCAGAUCGAACCGAUUGAUAGUUGUGACGUGCCUCAGUUCGAUCGGGCCGUACCAUCUACCAUGUUGGACCGAGUCAAGUCAAAUGACAUGGGCCUUUCUAAAACAGAAAUUAAUAAAGGCCCAGAUGACUUGACCCGGAAUCCUCUGCCUAGAGCUCCGUCGUUCUUGGAACGGUUGAUGUCAGGGAAUUUUCGUCGAUUGGAUUCGAUAAAGGAGGAGAAGCAACCAAAAUCCGAAGUGGAACUGGAAUCUGAGGGGGAGGAUGUGUUGAGAGAAAGGGUAGAAGAGGAAGAAGUGGAUGCAAAGGCUGAUGAUUUUAUAAAAAGGUUUAAGCAGCAACUAAGAAUGGAAAGACUUGAUUCCAUUCUACGUUAUAGGGAUAUACUUAAUAGACACUGAUGAGAAUAUAACAUGUCUAAGAGAGAACAAAAAUAUAAGUCUAGUUUGGUUGGAAAAGGAAGCAGAACGUGUUUUUCCAUUAAUCCCUUUAGUUUAUUCACCAUAAGUUGCAAUGGCAAACCACAUAAGAAAUGAGUUGGCCUAGCUAGUUUGUUGUUUGUAAAAAAAUGGUAUAUUGCGUUUUGUUCUGCAGGUUGAUAAAACUUAUGUUGCUAGUUUUUUUAGUUUAGUUGUAUUGAGAUGUUGAAUAGUUUUGGAACUGAUUAUGGUUCACACUUAUCAUACAUUUAAUUGCGUUUGAUUA